AUGAUCGAAAAAACCGGCGCUAUCGAACUGGCUAAAUCUUCCGGUCGACCACGUACUGCGCGGACAAAGGCGAAUAUCCAAAAGGUCAAGCAGCGAUUAAAUCGAAAAAAAGGAGCUUCAACCAGAAAGUUGGGCAAAGAAUUGGAUAUGUCGCACAUGAGUGCCCAUCGUAUAUUGCACAAUGACCUGGGAUGUUUUCCGUACAAAAAGAUUCGGGAACCCGCCAUCACCGACAUUCAGAAAGGAAAAUGGGUCAAAUUUGCAAACUGGAUGUUAAAUAAUUUCAAAAAAGACGAAACAAAAAACUGGCUAUUUUCCGACGAAAAAAUCUUUGACUUGAACGGGAUGUACAACGCUCAAAAUGAUCGGGUAUGGGCGAUCAAUCGUCAAGAAGCUGAUAAAAAGGGUGGCGUGAAACAAAUACAUCAAUUUCCCACAAAGAUAAUGGUUUGGCUUGGAGCAUGUGGAAAAGGGCUAACCAAGCUCGUCGUUCUUGACAAAGGUACAGUAGAUCAUGUACGGUAUAUCAGAGAAGUGCUCCCGGUGGCCUUGAAAUGUGGAAAUAAAAUGAUGGGCAACAACUGGACGUUCCAACAAGAUGGAGCCAGUGCUCACAAGGAUCACAACACUCAGCAAUGGUGUGCUGACAAUAUGCCUGCAUUUGUACCCCAUUAUCGAUGGCCACCCAAUUCGCCCGAUUUAAGCCCGAUGGACUACAGUAUCUGGGACGGACUAGUUCAGACAAUGAAUUGGGAUCACGUACGAACAAAAAACACACUGAUUGAAGAAAUAAAACGGGCUGUUAAAAAAAUCCCGGCCCAAAAUGUUUUACAUUCUGUUGAAAAUUUUACUGUACGUCUGCGCCUUAUUUUAAAAAACAAAGGAAAUUAUAUUCGUUGA